UAUAACGUGAAACCCCUCACUUCCAUAUUCAAAUUAGAAGAACAAAAAUGAGAAACUCAUUUCUUUACUUCGGGCUAUUAAGCCUUUUCACUAUACUUUUCUUCUCUAAAUCAUCUCAUCAAGCUGAUCCCCCUUGUACCCCAAACCCACGACUCCAAAGUGCUUUCAAAGCUAUCCAAGAAUGGAAAAAGUUAAUUACAGCUGAUCCGAAGAACUUUACGUCGAAUUGGAAUGGACCCGAUGUCUGCAACUAUAACGGUGUUUUUUGCGCACCAGCUCCUGAUAAUCCACACAUCGACACUGUUGCAUCAAUUGAUCUCAACGAACAAAAUAUUGCUGGUGCACUGCCAGAUGAACUAGGCCUUCUUACGGACCUAGCCAUUUUUCACAUUAAUUCAAAUCAUUUUAGUGGAGUCAUACCUGAAAGUUUCGCAAAGCUUCAUCUCUUAUAUGAGUUGGAUAUUAGUAACAACUUAUUUGCAGGUAAGUUCCCUAAAGUCGUCCUUAGUAUGCCUGCGCUAAAAUAUCUAGAUAUCCGUUUUAACAAUUUCGAAGGUAGUGUCCCGUCGAAGCUUUUUGAUAUGGAACUCGACGCAAUCUUUAUAAACGACAACAACUUCCAAUUCAGUAUGCCGGCAAAUUUUGCCAACUCAACUGCUUCGGCUAUAGUAUUGGCAAACAACCAUAUUGACGGUUGUUUGCCUUCAAAUAUAGAGAAAAUGGCGGGAACAUUGAAUGAGAUGAUUGUUUCAAACAACGGACUUUCUUCAUGUUUGCCACCUGAGAUUGGGAAGUUGGUAAAUUUGACAGUUUUAGACGUUGGCUUCAACAGUUUAGUUGGACCGCUGCCUAAGACAAUGGGUAAUUUGAAGAAUUUGGAGAUACUGAAUGUGGCACACAAUGAAUUAUCUGGAGAUAUCCCACCGACUAUAUGUUCUCUGCGGCAUCUGGAGACUUUCACCUAUUCGAAUAAUAAGUUUGGUGGCGAACCUCAAAACUGUUCAAAUUUAAACAAAAAAGGUAAUAGAGAAAAUCGUAUCCCGAAUAUGCCACCACAGCGACCAGAUAAAAGAUUGUCAUUGUUUCAUUCACAGGCGCCUGUGUAAUGUGAUGGCUCUUCCACCGCCUUCAUCUCCACUACUCAGCCGUCAAUAGAAAUAUUUCCCUCCUAAUAAUCAAGAUAACCCAUGUAAUUGUGCAUUAAAAUAAGGAUCAGAAAUUUGUCACCUGAUAAUAUAUGGCAGGUAUAGUUUGUAUUUACACUUAAUAUAUGAAUAAAAUGUCAUAUAUCAUAUAUGUAAAUGUAAUCCACAUGGACAAAAACUUGUCGCUCUAAAACAAUGUGAUCGAAUGAAACAUUUG